UCUAGAGAGAGAAAACCAGGAGGAAAGAAGCAGACAUCAGUUAAAAGGGUCUUCUUUUUUUCUUCCUUCCUUCUCCAGUUUCUCCGAUUCAAACUUUCUUACACAUCGAUCUUUUUUUGCAUGACCCGAUUGUCGAUUUCUUCUAUAUUCAUCGUCAAUCAUGCAUUAAAUUCGUUCUGUUUUUUUUUUUUUUCAUUUUGUCAGAAAAGAUUUGAUUUUUAUUAAAAAGGCAUCCCCAAUUUCAUUCUGGUAGUAUUUAAUUUCUUGAAAUGCAGGCGCACAAAAUCCCAGUUCUCUCGAUCGCUCCAAUUUUAUUUUAAGAUUUUUUUUUUUGUUCGUCUAGAAUCUUGUAAUUCUCUAACAAAUCCAUCACGCAGCCAGCUCAUUCAUAAAAGAAUGUCCUUUUACACCCUUUCCCAAAUCAAUUUAAAUAAACAAUUUUAGAUUUGUUUUAAAAUCCUGUUUAAUUCAUCAAUCUCUGUUUAUUUAUUGGGGAUUUUUUUUUAAAUCCCCCUUUUGCUUGUUUCUGCAAUAAUGGGUUGUGCGUCGUCGAAAGAGAAGGUAUGCCGGAAUUGCCAGGCACCUUAUUCUCCGGUGAGGCGGAGCUAUUCAAUGCACGUGCACCACCCGCCUCAAAAAACAGGGGACACCUAUCACGUGGUGGCGCUCACUUCAUCCACAUUGGGUUCUCUAAAGCUCGAUCCAUCAUCGAUUCAAAUCCAUCAAAUACCCGAAAACAAAGACGACUCCGAAGAAUCCCCGCCGAAUCAGGAUCAAAUCAUCGUAGAUGAUAAUAAAACCGAUGCGAAAAAGUCGGCUAAAGAGGAAUUCGCAAUGGGCAUGAUCGAGGCCAAGACUUGGUCAAACAUGAUCAACGAGAAAAUCCCGAAAAUAAUCCCGAAAACGCCCAUCCGAACGCCGCCCGGUGAGCCGGAAAUGAUCAACGCUUGGGAAAUGAUGGAGGGUUUAGAAGACAUUAGCCCUCUUAGGCCGCCAGCUCAUCAUUUUCGUAGCUUCUCGUUUCAUGUGCCGAACCGCUCGAGUCUAGCCUCCAUCGAUAUCGAAGAUCAACCAACUCCAAGAGUGAAAGAGAAAACCGGAGACGAAUUAUUUCCAAAUAAGCCCUUGUGGUUGGAUUUAGCAGAAACCGAUUCGAAUUCGAAUUCGAACACGAACUCCAACGACACUUCAAUAGUCUCCGAAUUCGAUCCGGAAGUGAUCGCCUCGUUCCGAAGAGCACUAGAGGAUCUCCCACCAGCCAAUCCGUUCCACCUCAAAUCAACGGACAAGAUCGCGCCACGCGGCACGGAGAAGUUGAUCGUGUACUUCACGAGUCUUAGGGGAGUGAGGAAGACGUACGAGGAUUGUUGCCACGUUCGAGUAAUCUUGAAAGGGUUGGGUGUUAAGGUAGACGAGAGGGACGUGUCUAUGCACUCGGGGUUCAAGGACGAAUUGAAGGAGCUAUUGGGAGAAGGGUUCGGCAAGAAAGGGUUGCCUAGGGUUUUUCUCGGCAAGCAAUGCGUCGGAGGCGCCGACGAGAUUCGAAAGUUGAACGAGGAUGGGAAGUUGGAGAAGUUGGUGGAGAGGUGUGAGGUGGUGGACGAUGGCGGCGGAGGUGGCAUUGGCGGCGGAGGUGGAAUUGGCGGCGUUGUUUGCGAGGCGUGUGGCGAUAUUAGGUUUAUACCAUGCGAGACGUGUUCGGGGAGUUGUAAGAUAUAUUACGAGGGAGAUUACGAUGAAGAAGGAGAAGAAGAAGUUGAUUAUAGUGAGCAUGAUGAAUAUGGUUUUCAAAGAUGCCCUGAUUGCAAUGAAAAUGGACUUGUUAGAUGUCCAAUUUGUUGUGAUUGAGUUUUAAUUAAUAUAUUUUUCAAUUUUUCAAUUUUUAAUUUUUGAAUUUUUGGGUGUGAGUUGGUUUUGGUGUACAGUGAGAAGUUUUGAUAGUUUGAUUAAAGAGAUAUUUGAGAAGAAAGUGAAGAAGUUUGUUCACUUUGGUGUUUGUUGUUGAAGCUGAAGACUACAUGUAAUAUAAUGUGAUGUAAUGUAAUGUAAUGUAAUAGUUCACCUUCAUACAUACACAUACAUGUUUUCUUUUAAGGAUAAGCUGUUUGGUCAUGA